ACUCCAUCGAUACCCAUCGAAAAUACUAAAAAUGACAAUCGUUUUCGAUAGUACCGAUGACUGUUUUGCAGAUCUAGUAGUCGCUGAGAUUUUUUGGGGGAGGUGCGGAAACGCUUCUACGACUUCUUUCACACAAUUUUUGCAACAUACAAACCCACGCAGACAUCAACCAUAAGCAAACGAACGAACUUAAAAAAAAAACAACCCGGAGAUAAGAAAACAGAACUUUUAAGCCAACAAUAGCCACUAAUCGAAACUGGGCUAAAAAGAAAGAGGAAAAACAUAGACAACAUGGCGCACACACAGCUUGGUAGAGCGGUGAAAAACAUUGAGGCGCCGCGUCCGCUCAAAACACAAUCGCGCUCAUCACUGAAAAACAGCUACCUUGUAAUUGAGGAGUUGAUACAGUUGAUUGACAAUGUGACUGUAGGUCUGCAGUCGUGCAAUGCGACAACCGAAUCGAUAACGUUGCUGUUGCAUAAUUUGCGUGUCCAUGGGCCGCAGCUGGAGGCCGUGUCCAAGGAUACGCUGGAUCGUGCAUUCGUUGUGUUUCGCAAUGCUUCGCUGGACGAACGUCUGAACAUAAUGACACGGCUCAAGCUGCUCGAACUGAUCGAAUUACGCGCCAACAGCUGGGAAGACAAAGACACAAUUGCCUACUACAAGUCCAAGCAGCAAGUGUCCAGCAUUGAGUUACCCGCUGAAACAUAUCAACACGAUGCUGCAGGCGUCGUAGGCAACCAGCAAGCCUUUCUCAGCACCUCCCCCACAUUUGGCGCCACCGGCGGCGGCAGCAGCAGCAUGGGUGCACUUGUUGGCGUCGACUCGGCUGCUGCUGCAGCCUUCAAUGCGGCAACACUUGCUGCCGCUCAGGCAGCGGCGAUUGCUGCGGUCGGCUCACCCAAUCAGCAGCAUCUGUUGUUGCCACCCGGUGCAGUCAUACGUAAUUCGGGUAAAUUUCCCAAACCCACUAAGAUACCGGGAAAAACGUAUUGCAAGGAUGAGGUGGUCAUACGGAACGCCGAUUCGGGCAAGGUUAUGGGCAUUAAGGGCCGACGUGUACACAUGAUCGAGGAACUUAGCGAAACUAUAAUAUCUUUUCAACGAGUCAACCCUGGCGCGAAGGAACGAUUGGUGCAGAUUACCGGACCAGCAGAAGAUAAAAUUAAUUACGCCAAGCAAUUGAUGGAGGAUACCAUUCGUCGUAAUGCUUCUCCAGUACGCCUAGAGCCAGCACCAACAGCCGGUGGUGCAGGGGGCUCCUGUUCGUCAUUGAACUCUUCCAAUUCGGAUGAUGCCGUCGCCGUGCAGCCGCGCACGCCCAGCAGUAGCAGUAGUCUGGCCAACCGAUUGAGCUUCAAUUCGGCGCAAAAUUUCAUGACUGCCACAGCAGCGGCGCACCAAAUGUCGCAGCACCAUCAGCAGCAGCAACAGCAGCAUCAGGGACAACAUCAUCACCACCAUCAGCAGCAGGUUGCCAAUGCAGCUGCGGCGGCAACAGCUGCUGCCGGUAAAGUUAUACGUCCCAAUCAGCAGCUGCUAAUGCAUUCAUAUUCCACAAACGAUGCUUCCGUAGGUGAAUACAAAUUCACGGUCAAUGUGGGCCAACAUCUCAUCAAGAUCACAGGCGACUGCUGCGAGUUAGUGCGUGUGGCCAAACUCGUCUUGGAUGAUUACUUUAGCAGUUCCGAGUUUUUGGCCUCGAUGGAGGCUGGCGCUGCUUUCGACGGCACUUCAAUGGUCAGUCCAGUUACGACGCCCUCUACACCUUUGCCUGGCUCAGGACCGCCGCAAUUUAUGCUGGGCAACGCGCUGCCGCUGGCCGAUAGUGGCAUUGGACUGAACUAUGCAGCUGGGCAAGGCAAUAAUAAUGGUGAUGGCGACGAUGAGGUAUUUGUAGAUUCUACUGCAUCCAAUGGUGGCAGCAGUCAGAAUGGUUUGGCACGCUCACGACGCAGUCAUUUCUCACGCAAGGAGUCAACGCCGGAAACAAAAGCAGCACGCGAAAAGGUUGAAGACAACGAGGCCAAACAGCUAAAGACGAAUACCUCACGCGUCUCCUAUGAUAUUGAACAUUUGAUGUAUUAUUCGAAAAGUCCUCAUGCCUGGGCUUUGCCAAUUGAGUGGGUUAAAAUGAUGGAAACUGUGCCAUCGAUACUUCGCAAUAAGACGCUAAAUAGCUUAUAAAUUUGACUCGAAAAAAGAAAACAGAUAGAACGUAAUACGAUCAAAUAACAAACCACAAAAAUGAUAUACUCAGUAUUAUUAUAUUUAAUGAGCAACGCAACAAUUUGCUAGUCUUAGGCUCGAUAUACAUUUUGUUAAAUACAAGUAUUUCAACAAAAACAUUUGAAAA